AUGACUAAAUUUUGGGAAAUAGAAGAAAUCCCAUGUAAAAAAGAUAUCAAGCGAGCAGAAGAAUCGUCAAUCGAAAAUCAUUACAUUCAAAAUACUACCAGAGAUCCCAGUGGGCGAUAUGUCGUUCGUUUGCCGUUUCGUGUAGAUAAAAUAGACUUUGUUAUGCAAGACUACAUAGAUCAGGGGCAUUUGUCAAUCGUCCAAAAUGAAAGUGAACAAGGUUAUUUUAUGCCACAACAUCCAGUGCUCAAGCCAUCGAGUUCUACUACUAAAGUACGAGCCGUUUUUAACGCUUCUUGUAAAACCGAUAAAGGACUUUCACUUAAUGAUGUGCUUAUGGUGGGCCCUACCAUCCAAGAUAAGCUUUUUAAUCAUUUAUUAAGAUUUCCAACUUACGCUUUCGUCAUGACGGCAGACAUAGCACAAAUGUAUCGGCAAGCUUUAGUAGAUCAUCGGGAUAGAAAGUAUCAACGUUUAUUUUGGUACGACAGUAGCGGACAAAUUAAACCCUUUGAGAUGAACACAGUGACUUUUGAAAAUGCUUCAGCUACCUUUCUAGCGAUCAGAACUAUACAAAAAUUAGCCGAAGACGAAAGCGUGAAGUUCCCUUUAGCAUGGGCCGUUUUAAAACGUCAUUUUUACGUUGACGAUCUUCUUACCGGUUCGAAUUCACUCGAAGAAAUACGACAAAUACGAGAACGGAUCGCCUGCUCUGAUUGGAGGCUAGGCGUAGUUGUUGAAAUUCACCCUGGAGAUGAUGGUAUGGUGCGUGUGGCUUCAAUUAAAACAAAGAACGGAAUUUAUCAGAGAAAUAUCACGGAUCUUUGUCCAUUGCCAGACAAAGAAGUUGCUGAAUCUUAA